UUCUCUGUCGCUGCGACGGCUCCGGUGUCCUGGGAAACCCGCGGCUGCCUCCCUCCGCCCAGCAGCCCCGGCCGGCCCCGUCGGCUGUGGGUAAACAACGCAGCGGCGGCCGCGCCUUGUGGAGUUACCCGGUCAUCCGCAAAAGUCAGCUUCGGGCUUUGGGCUCCGCCGUCGUUGUCUUCGGAGCUGGGGUGGGGAAUCGUCCUUCUCCGAAAAACCCCAGAUUGCACACUUCUGUUGACUCUACAAUUCUUAAGACAUUGUAUAUACUAUUAUUUUUGCAAAAGCAUUUCCUGAGUCCUACUAAAUUUCCUGUUUGCAUCUUAUACCACAGUGACUGGAUCAGGAAAAACAAAAUGAAGGAACUAGUGUCAAACAGUACAACCAAUAUAUCUCAAGCCAGGAAAGCUGUGGAGCAAUUAAAAAUGGAAGCAUACAUGGAUAGGAUGAAGGUAUCCAAGGCUGCAGCAGAUUUAUUGGCAUAUUGUGAUGCUCAUAUUGGAGAAGAUCCCCUUAUUAUUCCUGUGCCUGCAUCUGAAAAUCCCUUUAGGGAGAAGAAACUCUUUUGUACUAUCCUUUGAGUCAGUUUUCAAUUAAAAAUGUCUUCUGCUACAAUUUGGUAUCUAUGUUGCAUGGUUUUAGUUUUAACAUUUUUCUCUUUAGAUAUCAGUACUUGGCCUAUAACUGCAACAUUUUUAGAAGGUAGUGCAUUUCCUGGUAAAAAAGAAUCCUAAAAAGUCUAAGUUAAUCCUUAUCUUUCAGGCCAAUGUACAAGUUUAAUUUCAGUUCUUCAUAACGAUUCUUUUGGUCUUAAUGAAAGUAUUGAGUACAGUAUCAAAUUGUAGGUAUCUUUGCCAGUAAUAGAUUUUUUUGAGACCUAAAUGAGUCAUACUGAUUCUGAAGCUAUUUUUAACAUUCUUAUUUUCUUUGGAAGGUGAAUUUAAUUCAUUUGCUUUUACAAAUUUAUACCUAAAGAGAGUAGUGUGACCUUUCCUCAAGUAGCACUAUUUAGGAAAAAUUGCCAGUGAUUUACGAUGUUUGGAACAAUCAGUCUUAUACAGUAAGUGGUGUUUAUAAAUAUGUUUUGUGAAGACUGUAAUAAACUUGAUGACAAAAACAAUCUUAGUAAAGCAAGUUGUAACUACAAGCAAAAUGAAGAUGUAUGGUUACACACCAGGGCUGCAUCAAUAAAACUGCAGAAAAACGUG